AUGUCACAAAUUGCAGAAACAUUGAUUGUUAUCGGUGCAGGUCUCCCAAGAACUGGUACAACAAGUAUGAAAAUAGCACUGGAGAUUUUAUUGAAUCAACCAUGUUAUCAUAUGGCUGAAAUAGUUACUAAAAGGCAUUGUGAUAUAUUGAAAUGGCAAAGUCUUAUAGACGAAGCAAAUAAAAGUCAUGGAACAUCAGUAGACUAUAGAUUAUUCAAGGAAAUAUUUCAUGGUUAUGCUGCUGUAACAGAUGCACCUGCAUGUGGUUUCUGCAAACAUUUAAUGAAUAUCUAUCCUAAUUCAAAGGUGGUACUGACACUACGUGAUAAAAAUGAUUGGUUAUCAAGUUUACGAGAAACAGUCCUGCCAAAAACAAAUACUCCACAAAAGUUAAUGUUCGAUGAAAUGAAGACUACAUUUGGUCUUGAUAAAACAUUUGAAAAAAUGGUGUAUGAUUCAAUGAAAUUCGCCUUUCAAAAAGAUAUUGAUUUAGACAAUGAUGAAGCCUUGCUUGAAUGUUUUGAUGAAUACAAUCAACGCAUAAAAGACACUAUACCACAUGAACGUUUAUUAGUCCACACAUUUACUGAUGGUUGGGGACCAUUGUGUAAAUUUCUUAAUGUCGACAUACCAAAAGAUAAACCUUAUCCACAUGUAAAUGAUCGCAAUGAAAUGAAAAGUCGUAUGGAAGUGACAAGGAAGCAGAUGUCAUGA